AUGCUGCCCCAGCCCGUCCAUUCCUCGUACGCUCCAGAGUGUGCCGGGGCCAGGGUGGGCGACCAUAUCGAGACCUACGAACAGCCUCUUCCACAACAGCUCGCCUCCAUCGAAGCUGCUCUCGCCCUCCUGGUCGUCCCGGAUAGCGAAGACCUCGAUCAGCAACAGCACAAUCGCUUCGUCCAUGCCCUCACCAAAAACCUGCCCUAUCCUCAAUUCCACCACCAUUCACCUUCCCAGACUUCCGCCACCUUUGCCCACAACCCCAUAUCCAUAGACUGCAGCCCUUUCGACCUUGGUCGUUCCAACAGUCUUCACCAUCCCACUGCCACCCCGCCUCUCACUCAUGCCACUUCCCAAGUCUUAUCGCCCGCCUUUCACGCCCUCUCUCAGCCCGACAUUGUAGUGCGCUUUGUCAACCUACCUCAGCGUUCCGUGUGCCUGCACAGGCUAUAUGGUGUAGGCGUCGUCAAGAUGAUCCAGCUCGAUGAGCUGGGACACGCUUGCUCCCUGCUCGAAACCAAUGCGCGAUUCCGUCAGGGUGUCGCGCUGGCUCUUUUCCAUCUUGCUACUGCAUUCCAGAUAGACGGUGCUUGGUUGGGGAUCUGCCUCGUCGGAUCGAGCUUCUCCAGGAUCGUCAUGCUCGAUGACCGUCAUGCCGUCGUCGAGACCUCGCCAGCAUCCGCACAUGCUUACCCUGCCUUUCAAAGCGUCGCCGCCUACUUUCAAUUUCACGACUACACCUCGCUCGGCCGAAACCUCCUCGCCGUUGAUCAAAUAUCCUCAGACAACCCCUGCAAUAUCGAUCCGGAUUCCUAUCGCUUCUUUGCAGACUUUUAUAGAGUGCUGUUUGCCGUCAUCAGACGCUCUAUCGUCGAACAAGCCCUGUCCCCACUCGACAAGUCGACCCCCAUGCAGGAUCUCUUUGGCGAUAUUCUCAACGACAUCCGCGAAAUGCCUCGGGCGAUUGCAGUACAUACUCGGCGGGAGAGGAAAGAUGUGACCACAAGUUUGUUGGCGAAACGGAAGGAAUCCACUCAUAUCACAGAGUCAAGUGGGGAUGGGCGGUGUGAUGACGAGAUUCACCGCGCUGAAAGUCACGGGAGCUCGCCACAUGGGUCAGGCUUCUGGACCAAGGAGGCAAUUAGGCGAUUGAACAAGCAUCUGCGCGAUAAAGUCUCACCCAGCGUAGCCAGAUGGCAGCAGGGUGUAGCCGAAGCUGGACAUCCCACACUGUCUGUCGAUCCUGCCGAGUUGUUUUACACCGAAACGUCAGCGCGUCAAGAUCUUUGGCCAGGCCCGCCGAAUACUGUCAAGGUCGAGAUCCCUAUGACAUGA